AUGUACCUGGUCCACCAGCAGAUACCUAAUGGGGAAAUACUAUAUUACACUGUGUAUGCUAAGCCUGUUGGACUAAGUGGUGGAAUGACAUUAACUCAGCGAAUUGAACCAAGUAAAACCACAGCUGAAGUGAAGGAAUUAAGUGUUUCCCGAACAUAUGAGGUUUGGGUAUGUGCAUCUACCCGGGUAGGGGAAGGAAGAGCAAGUAAACGGCUAAGUCAAACCCCUACACAGAGAGUGGUAGCUGGCGUAUUUUCCCUAGGCGGAACAAUAUCUGUAGGAGCUGGUUCUUCUCUGCUCCUUCGGUGUGAGUGUGUUGGUUCUCCUGCAGCUCGUACUGUUUGGUACCAUAACCACAAUAUCAUCACACACCAUCCCCGCUUCACUCGGAAUCAUGACGACAGUCUUCUUAUUAAUAAUAUAGACCAAUCGUUGGGCGGAAACUACACCUGCUUGGCGAAAAACCUUUACGGUUCUGAUUCAGUGGAGUACACAGUCAUUGUUUUACCUCUACCCGAACCACCAGUAAUUCGGGCUACGCCGUUUAAAGACAGCAUAUUGAUUGAAUGGGAACAGCCGACCUUAAUAAAUAGGACUUUAGGGCAAAAAAUUUCGUACAGCUUAACAUGGAAAGAAGCAAACGGACCGUGGCAAGAUUCCUGGUCGCCUGACGAGUUGCCAGAUCUACCAGACAAUUUGCCCAACAAGUCCACACAAAAGUACCUUCUUACUAGCCUAAAAUGCGGAACUAAGUAUUCUAUAAGAAUUACUGCCUCCAGCAAAGUAGGAACCUCACAACCAGCUUAUAUGGAGACCAGCACUUUGGGUGGAGUUCCGAUUCCACCAUCAUCAAACGAAUGGUUGUGGAGCAACAGUUCCCAUAUGUACAUACAAUUGGCCGGCUGGGAAGGUGGUGGAUGUGACAUGAGAACGUGGGACGUAGAAUAUCGUCCGAUGGGAUCUCGGGUCUGGACUAAAGCUAAAAAUACGUUGUCAUAUUCAGACACCAGCUGGAAUCUACCCAUGUACCAAGCGAGCUACCGAUCGAGUUCAUUUGCGAUACCAGAUCUAUCUCCCGCUACGUGGUACCAGGUCCGCGUCACUGCCACUAAUGAAGCUGGCAGUGUUACCAGUAUUUAUAAUUUUGCUACAAAAAAUGUUGAUGGAACUGAAGUCGGCCCGUUAUCUGAUGUUUUUGAUCUGAACAUUUUGGUGAUAAUAUUAAGUUCUAUCUUACUAGUGGUCUGCCUAAUUUGUUGCAUCUACAUACUGUUUAUGAGGCAAAGAAGCAACACUUUCAUAGAGUACAGAGACUCGAUAACCAUAGAUAAUAAAUCUGAGAAUGGCAUAACGAACAUGUCACAUAGCAAUUUAGCUGCAAAGGAAAAUGCAUUGAAUGUGCAAAACAGGAUAUAUAGCACGCCAAUACCGGUUAGAAAUAAUAGCAAGCAUGAACUAUACGAAAUAAGUCCAUACGCACAAUUUGCGGUGGGAUUUCGAACAUUCGGUCAUGUGGAAAAUCAAGAUAUACCCAGCGCACACAGGAAGCAUCGAUUUGAUUCAGAGACAAGUUUCCAAAUGUGUUCGGAGUCGGAAGAUAGCGACACGAUAUCAAAGAACACGCUGAAAAGUAUUCCAAGAAGUAAAUGCUCAAAAGAUGUCUGUCGAACCCCACACUAUAGAUAG